AUGAAGGAAGACAACCAGAAGAGGAAAAAGACUGCGCCCGAGGAUUCGGAAGCCGAAGCUUCCAAACGAGAGAAGAAAUCUCCCACAGAGGGUCAUACCUUGAGGGACGCCGUUGCCGCACAAACACCGCAUAUAUUUUUGCAGUUCGGGCCUUGGCCCCUCUCGUCGACGGCGUCGUCCUCUCAGGCGCAGGCGCAGCCGGACUUCGAUUACCUGUUCAAGCUCCUCCUCAUCGGCGACUCCGGCGUCGGCAAGAGCAGUCUCCUCCUCCGAUUCACAUCCGACUCAUUCGAGGACCUAUCCCCAACCAUCGGCGUGGACUUCAAGGUGAAGAUGGUUAACAUUGCCGGCAAGAAGCUCAAGCUCGCCGUCUGGGACACCGCUGGACAGGAACGGUUUAGGACCUUGACCAGCUCUUACUACAGAGGGGCACAAGGGAUCAUCAUGGUGUACGAUGUUACUCGCCGAGAAACAUUCACCAAUCUCUCUGACAUAUGGGCCAAGGAAAUUGACCUGUAUUCGACCAACCAGGACUGUAUAAAGAUGCUUGUCGGAAACAAAGUGGACAAGGAAAGUGAGAGGGCUGUCACCAAGAAGGAAGGCAUUGACUUUGCCAGGGAGUAUGGGUGUUUAUUUCUGGAAUGCAGUGCGAAAACCAAAGUGAACGUGGAGCAGUGCUUUGAGGAGCUUGUGCUCAAGAUAUUGGACACGCCGAGCCUGUUGGCGGAUGCAUCCUCUGGGGCGAAGAAGAACAUCUUCAAGCAGAAGGCGCCAGAGGCUGAUGCUGCGGCGAGCGGCUGCUGUUGAUUUCAUUCACGCAUGCUAAUCCCGGACAUCUAUCUAUGAUCUAUCUUAGUGGAGGAUGGAUGACAACGUUUGUUGGAGAAAGUGAUGAUAUCUAGGCAGCUUGUUUGUUUCUGCCGGUUUUAUUUCGCUUUUGUGUUGCUGUAUAUGAAUCAGUCAGUCGGUCGGUCGGUCAAUGCUCCUCAUGUUGAAGUUGAAUCUGAAAACAAAACACAGUACCUUGGCAGCUUUCAGCUCUCUCUAUAAUGUACGUACGUAUUAUUAAGAAAAGCUCUAUAAAUUUAGUCA